AUCACUUCAAGAUUCGUACCCACAAAACCGAUAUCCGCGCAUUUCCUUCGAGGCCCCUCUCCAUUGCUUCGAAGCAUUCGUCGGGAAUUCCGGAAGAGGGAGUGAGCAAUGGCGAGGUCCAGCGCCGACGAUAUGGAGCUCCGGCGGGCGUGCCAGGCCGCCGUAGACGGUAGCAGCGCCGGUGGCAAGCACAAGGUCGUGCUAUCCAUCCGUGUCGCUAAGAGCCGCGGCGUUUGGGGCAAAUCCGCUAAGCUCGGCCGCCAAAUGGCCAAGCCCCGUGUCCUCGCAAUCACUACCAAAUCCAAAGGACAGAGGACUAAAGCUCUUCUUCGUGUCUUGAAAUACUCUACAGGAGGAGUUCUUGAGCCUGCAAAACUUUAUAAGCUGAAGCAUCUUUCUAAGGUUGAGGUCAUACAAAACGACCCCAGUGGUUGUACAUUUACUUUGGGAUUUGAUAAUCUGCGAAGCCAAAGUGUUGCUCCUCCUCAAUGGACGAUGCGCAAUAAAGAUGACAGGAAUCGGCUUCUACUUUGCAUUUUAAAUCUUUUCAAGGAGAUCAUGGGUCGUCUCCCCAAGGUUGUUGGUGUAGAUGUUGUGGAGAUGGCUAUUUGGGCAAAGGAAAACACACCAGCAAUGUCUAAGCAAAUGAAAACGGAAAAUGGACCAGAUGAUUCUGGUAUGGCUGAGAGUGACUCUACAGUUACUGUUGAAAAAGAUCUAGUUUCUCAAGCUGAAGAAGAAGAUAUGGAGGCUCUUCUUGGCACAUAUUUAAUGGGAAUUGGCGAAGCAGAAGCCUUCUCAGAACGGUUGAAAAGGGAAUUUCUUGCUUUAGAAGCAGCAAAUGUCCAUGCCCUUUUGGAGAGUGAACCCCUUAUAGAAGAGGUGCUGUAUGGAUUAGAAGAUGCAACAUUGUGUGUUGAUGACAUUGAUGAGUGGCUAGGCAUUUUCAAUGUAAAACUCAGACAUAUGAGGGAGGAUAUUGAAUCGAUAGAGUCUCGUAACAAUACUUUGGAGUUGCAGACUGCGAAUAACAAAUUAUUAACAAAAGAGCUUGACAGGCUACUUGAAUGUUUGCACAUUCCUAAUGAGAUUGCAGAAUGUCUUACAGAUGGUUCAUUUGGUGAAGCCCACAUGGUUAAAAUUAUCGAAGCAUGUGAGUGGUUGUCUAGGGCAAUAAAUGUACUUGAAGGCCAAAAUUUGGCUCUGCAAUACACCAAUAUGCGAGCUGUUAAGGAGAAACGCGCAGAAUUAAAAAUAUUGAAAAGCACAUUCGUGAGACGAGCAUCAGAGUUCUUACGAAAUUACUUCGCCAGUUUGGUGGAUUUAAUGCUUAGUGACAAGAACAAUUUUUCCCAGCGUGGACAAUUGAAAAGGCCAGAUCAUGCAGAUCUGAGAUACAAUUACAGAUCUUAUGCGAGACUCCUGCAACACUUGAAGGGUCUUGAUAAAAGUUGCUUGGGUCCUUUAAGGAAAGCAUAUUGUCAUUCCCUUAAUCUGCUACUCCGACGUGAGGCCAGGGAAUAUGCUAAUGAACUUCGUUCCAAUACCAAACCGACCAGAAGUUCUACCUUUUCUCUUGAAGCUCCUGUUGGUUCAAAUCUGACAGCAAAUAGUACAGAUACUUCAAGUGUUUCUGAAGUUUACUCUAAGAUGCUCACAGUGUUCAUUCCACUUCUUGUAGAUGAGAGUUCUUUCUUUGCGCAUUUUAUGUGUUUUGACAUCCCCAUGCUUCUCUUACAUGGAGAUCCCACUAAUGUUAGCAAUAAUGGCAUUGGCGCGAGUGAAAAUCAUCAAAAUCUUACUUAUGCUAAUGGAACUGAUGCCAAGACCAGUCACUCAUUGGAUGAUACAAUGGCACUUAAUGAAGCCCUACAAGAGUUGCUUGAUGGAAUUCAGGAAGAUUUCCAUGCGGUAAUAGAAUGGGGAUGCAAGAUCGAUCCCUUGUGCUGCAUAUCGAUGCAUGGGACAACAGAGCGCUACCUUUCUGGUCAGAAAGCUGAUACUGCCGGAUUUGUGCGUCUGUUGCUUGGUGAGCUGGAAUCCCGAAUUUCAGUGCAGUUUCGCAGGUAUGUUGAUGAAGCUUGCCAUCAGAUUGAAAAGAAUGAACGCAAUGUGAGACAAAUGGGAGUUCUUCCCUUUAUUCCCAGAUUUGCCACCCUUGCAACACGCAUGGAACAAUAUAUCCAAGGGCAGUCCAGAGAUUUGGUUGACCAAGCAUACACAAAAAUUGUCAGCAUUAUGUUUGUGACUAUGGAAAAGAUUGCACAAGCAGACCCCAAGUAUGCUGACAUCGUAUUGUUUGAGAAUUAUGCCGCUUUCCAAAACAGUCUUUAUGAUUUAGCAAAUGUGGUGCCAAUACUUGCAAAGUUCUACCAUCAAGCCAGUGAAUUAUAUGAACAGGCUUGCACGCGUCAUAUCAAUAUGGUCAUUUACAUUCAUUUUGAGAAAUUGUUCCUGUUUGCACGUAGAAUUGAGGAAUGUUUGCAGAGCUCCCCUGCUGAGGAGAUUCCUUUUAUUGUCGGGCUUUCAAAGGUUGAUCUUCGCAAGACACUUAAAUCUACUUUCUCUGGUCUUGACAAGUCUGCCAAUGCUAUGUAUAAAAAGUUACAGAAGAAUGUAACUUCAGAAGAACUGAUGCCUUCUUUGUGGGAGAAGUGUAAGAAAGAAUUUCUGGACAAAUAUGACACAUUUAUUCAACUGGUUGCCAAGGUGUAUCCAAAAGAAACUAUCCCUUCUGUUGUGGAAAUCAGAGAUCUUCUCACACCUAUGUAGUUCACUCACAAUUUUUCUCUCUUUUCUCUCAUAUUCUUCUUAUUCAUUUCAUUCAUAUAUUUUCAAAUUUGAUUUUCUUUUUUGUUUUCAGUUUUUAAUCUCUUCUUGAAGAAGAUAUAAUUCCUCUAAAUUUGUGAAGAAUUUGUUUUUCCAUACUGAAUAGGACUUGUGAAUAAUUAAAAUGUUCCAUGGAUGUCAAAAUCUAUUGGAUAGUUUUCUUUCUUUC